GAGAAACACCAACAAAUUUUCAGUGAAGCAUAUCAAGUAGAAAAAAGGCGGCGCGAAGAAUACGAAAAACGACAGAAUCAGGAAAUCGUCCGAAAAAAUAUUGCCGAAAUAGUUGACAACUGUAUUAAUACGGUAAAUACUGGCCGUUCUAUAGAAGUUGAAGAAGUGCUUAACGAAGUCCGCGAAUGUUUAGAACAGCUAGAUUUGUCUUCUACUGAUUCGAAUGAUUCGGAAAGUAUUAUUCGCAAAGCAAAAGCGCUAUCGCGUCUUAAUAAGGAUUCAGCUCCCUUUAGUAAUAUUUUUCACACUGAAAGAAUUUCGGAACCCCAUCGCCGUAAG